AUGACCCUCCAAGGCAGGGCUGAGCUCCCGAGGAACCAAGAUAAUGCAGCAAACGACAUCGUCACAGCCCUUGAACAGCCGACAGACAAGAAGCAGCUGAAGUCACACCGCAUCCCCCGCCUCCGGGCCGUGGUGGAGAGCCAGGCCUUCAAGAACAUCCUGGUGGAUGAGAUGGACAUGAUGAUGUCUCGUGCGGCCACCCUCAUCCAAGCCAACUGGAGGGGCUACCAGCUCCGGAAGAAACUGAUCUCGCAGAUGAUGGCAGCCAAGGCCAUCCAGGAUGCUUGGCAGCGCUUCAGCCACAAAGGCCUCUUCCAUAAGCAUGCCAAGAAGGUGGUGGAGGAGGAGGAGAAGGACAUCCCUUUCCACCGCCCCCAGCAGGUGCGCUUCUUGUCCCAGCCUCUGGAGGGGCAGCCGAGCUUUCAGAAGAGCCUGUCUCAGCCCGUCAUGGUUGACAAGGAGACCCAGUUCCCAUUGUCGAACAAUCUGCCCCCGUCUGCCCUCCAGGAUUCUGCUUUUGUGUUCAGAAGCCCCAGCAUCACCUUCCUGACUCCUCACACUGCACCCAUCGGGUUUCCGUGUCCGAUGCACGUAGACCCCAAGUACCAGUACCCCUGUGUGUUGACGAAGACCAUCAAGAGCUCCUGCCUGUUCCAUAUAGAAGAAGACAUUGCCAAGGGCCAUCACGUGACGCCCAGUCCCAGCCAGGUAGGAGCUGUGGAGCUGGCCGUGUCCAGGAAGUGUGUCCAGGAGGGGCAUGGACCCCACAACACCCACCCCCAUGUCCAUGUGGAAGCAGAGGCUCCAAGGCUCCCAUACUCGGUGCCCACAGUGACUAGGAACCCACCCAGGACCUCAUCCCAGACAUGCUCAAUGACCAUGGCCACUAAGACUCCCCCCCAGACACGUCCAGCAGCUGCAGACACCAAGACUCCACCCCAGACAUCCCCGAGGGGCAUAAUGACCAAGACACAGCACAGCAGUUGUUACGGCUGUUCAGCGGCCGCCAUGGCCAAGAGCCCAUCCCACACCUGCUCGAUGACCAAGAAUCCACUUCAGGCACGCCUGGUCACCACUGUCACCAAGAGUCCGACCCAGAUGCGUUCAGUAACCACGCUCCUCAAGACUCUCUGCCUGCCCCCCACAAAUAAAGGGAAUCUGAAGGUGCCGUCUCACACAGGCGAAGCCAGUGAGGGCCUCAAUGACUCAACCCCCAUUCACGGGAACGCAGCCAAGGGGAAGGCCAACUUCACUAAGAAGUCAGCAGGCACAGCACUCAAGCCCUCCCUCCACGUGUGUGUAGCUUCAGAGAAGGCCAGGGGCUCAUCCCAGGAAACCAGAGUGUCUCAGCCCCCAGCCAAGGCUCAUUGGGAAGCUGAGAAAAGUAAGGUCUGUUCCCAGAAGCAGAUGAAAACAGAAGGGUUAUCUAAGACCAACUUGGGCACAAGAACAUCCAGGACUCUGGCUUGGGCCAAGAGAGUUGAAGAUCAUAGCAAACCCGAAACACAAGCCCAAGGGAAAAAGGAGACACAGAGAGUCCAUGCUGCAGGGGGUUCAUCUGUUGACAGAGCUGUGGCCUCACGCCCGACUCAGCCAGCUGCUACACUGCCCAAGACCCAUGGCCAGGCACAUCAUCACAUCACGCAGGGCGAGACCCUUUCCAAGACGAUCUCCAGGACCCUGUCCCAGUCCCAGCUGGUGUCUGGGCUGACCAGGGGCCAGUGCCAAACAUGUGCUUCUGCCCAGAGGGAGACCAAGCAAGCUAGCACUCGGAUUAAGAUACCGGUCAGGCUAGCCACGUGCCAGGUCCAGGCACAGCAGACGAGCAAGCGGACUAACACCCAGGCUGUACACCAGAUGCCCCCCAGACUCAUCAAGACCCAGUCCCCGAUCCAGAUGGCCACUGGACCAACUCAGGUCCAGGUCCAGAGACCUUGUAGGUGCACCCAGAAAGUGCCUGAGUUGAUAAGGAGCCAGAUCCAGGCCCAGAAGCCCCCCGGGAUGGCCAAAUCCCAAUCUCAGACCCCGCUGGUCACUGCCAAGACAUCCGUUUCACCAGCCAAGACUGAGUCCCAGGCCCAGCAUGUGGCUGAACUGACCAGGGUCCAUGUCCAGAGAGGGACACCUUGUGAACUGAGCAGAAUGCAAUCCCAGGCCCGGCUGAGAACGGAACUGACCGAGGCCCAGCUGCUACCUGCUGGGUCGAGCAAAACGGAGUCACAGACCCAGAAGACCACCAGUCCAACCAAGGCCUUGUCCCAAAGCCGGUUGACCACAGAAAUGGCCACUUCUCGUCAUUUAACCAACCAGCCUGCUGAUCUCAGCAAAUCUCAGUCCCAGUCCCAGUCCCAGCCGGAUGACAAACUGACCCAGGCCCCAGGCCCUAGUCUCACGCCGGGCAACGCUCUUCAGGGCUCUUCCUGCCCACCAUGCCUGGACAUUCAGGGCAUGCUGGAGCCACUACUGGCUGGAGAGUCCUCCUCCUGCAGCACUGAGUCCUGGGGGAACGGCGAGGCGGCCCGGGCAUCAGUGUCUGCAAACAGCCAGACAACGCUCAGCUCAGAGGAGGCGUCCACCUGCCAGCUGAUGGCCUUGUGCGCCGAGCUGACCGCUGCACUGAGCUCCCAGGAGGACCUCCACUCAUUGCUGUGCAAGGCCCUGUCACAGAGCGAGGUGCGGGCCGCCCUAAGCCAGGUCCUCUCCAAGGAGGUGCUGGGCACCACGCUGGCCAAGGCCAUGCCACACGGUAUACUGCAGGCAUCUCUCGUCAAGGCCCUGUCCUGGAGUGAGCUGGGCACGGCUGCGUCCCACGCCUUGUCGAGGACUGAGCUGCGGACAGAACUGGCGAGAGUCCUGCAGGUCAGGCUCGCUGACGUGCUCAGCAAAACACUGACCGAAGACGAGCAAGUGGCACUGAGCCAGGCCCUGUGCCAGGGGGAGCUGGGCGCUGUGCUGAGCACAUCUCUGUCCCAGGUGGCACUGCGCACUGCAGCCCUCUUUCCCCAGGGAGUCGUGAAAAUGGCGGGCAGCAGUCCAGCAGCAGGGCCUGGCAUGGUGGAGGUGGACUGCAGAGGGACUCCUUCAGACACUUGGAGACCCACCCUGGGGCUUUCAAGAAUGGACCCCAACAAGGAGCUGAAGACUGGCUCUCAAAUGCCUAUGUUCAACAGGCUGAUGGCCACCUCAAAAGGUGUCAGGCUGACCAGGAGUAUCUCCGAGGCCUCUGAGGUCCAUGGCAUGGGCUGCAGCAAUUCCCAGGGCUCUCUGCAGUGCUGCAGCUCAGCCAGUCUGUUCACCACGUCCAUGGCCAGCUCGAAUGCCAUUGACCUAGUGGAAGAGCCCUCGGACAGCAACCUUGACAGCGAUCCACAGAUGCAUCCCCUGCUCCCUGGGAUGGCUACAGGGAAACUUCAGAGGCCCAGGGAGAAGGAGGAGGCUAAUUGGACUCAGCCCAGGUACACCUACUCCAGCCUAUGCCAGCCCACUAUGGCCUUGGGGCUGGGGCACAGUCUAUACCAUGGACUAGUGGCCAGCCCUAUGUCCUUUAGUAUCUACCAGGGCUCAGAGAGUGAUGUACCCUCAGAUCUAGGCUCCACUGACAAAAGCAAGAGCUUGCAGAAGGCAUCUGGGAGCGUAGGGCUGGUCCUCGCCCCAGGAUCAGUGGCCAGUAAUGUGGAACAUACCCCUCCUCCAGGACCUGUGGGCAGCGGGCUAGCCCAGGCCCCUCCUCCAGGAACGGUGUGUGUGGUCGGUGGUGUGGCCCAGACCCUUGCUCUAAGUUCUGUGGCUUUUGAUGUGGAACAGACUCUCUCUCCAGGAUCUUCGGCCAGUGGUGUGGCCCAGAUGUUUCCACCAGGUUCUACAAUCAGUGACAUAUCCCAGACCUUUCUCCCUUGUUCUGUGGCUGGUGGUGUGGCCCAUACUUUCUCACCAGUUUCUACAAUCACAGACAUGGUGCAGACCCUUCCCCGAGGAUCUGUAAUCAGUGGCAUGGCCCAGACCCCUGCCCCAGAGUCUAUGGUCAGUGGUGUGGCCCAGAUUUCCCCCCCAGGAUAUGUGGCCAUUGAUAUGGCCCAGACCCCCCCUCCAGAAUCUGUGGCCAGUGGUGUGGCCCAGACCCCCCCUCCAGAAUCUGUGGCCAGUGGUGUGGCCCAGACCCCCCCUCCAGAAUCUGUGGCCAGUGGUGUGGCCCAGACCCUUCCCCCACAAUCUAUGGCCACUACUUUCACCAGGACUCUACCUUCAGAUUCUGGGGCCAGUGGCGUGACCCUCAGCUCAGUGACUGCAGCUGUCAGUGGUGGGAAAAGGCAGAAUGUGUCUGUUGGACCUCCGGGAUCCAUGGAGUCUGACAAGGCAAAUGAUGGCAAGCAUCUGCCAGAGGAGGGGGCUGCCAAGGUGCCCCAGAUGCCACUCCUGGAUGGGGCAGCAGCAAGCCAUGCCGAGUCGACAGCCAGUGCACCCCAGCUGCCCCAUGACAGCUCUGUGGCCCCUAGCCUGCCCCAGGUGUCCACAGCCCCAGGGUCUCCAGGUCUUCCGCACUGGCCCGGGGGCUCUAGCAUGGCUCCCCAUGUACACCAACCACCUUCCCUAGCAAGUAGGACUGGAUCUACUCAAUUCCAGAUGGACCCCAAGCCUGGCACACCCCUGUCACCCCUGGCUGAGGAAGUGGCCCAGGGCCCCCGCCUUGAGCCCACCAGGAAAUCCUUCAGGUCUGUUCAAAGCAGCAUCAUCUCUCAGAUGCUCAAAUGCUCCCUGGUCAACUUGGUGCCACCCCACCAGGUGCAGGAAAAGCCCACCCAGCUCACACAGGGUGGUUCCAGGUGUACAGCAGGCAGCCCACACCCGGGCAUCUUCCGUUCAAGUGACCAGGCCCAGGGCGCGGCCAUGCCAAGGAUCCGCUGGGGCACCCAACGAGUAUCCCUGGGUUAUGAGUCUUCUCCUGGCAGCUCCAGGCAGCCCCUCUUUCUCCAGGAAUCUCUGCCAGAGGAUUUCCACUCUCCUCCGGUCCCUCCUAACAGCCGCAGCCCCUCCCUCAACUGCAAAGUCCUCCAGGGCCUCAGAGACGCCGGCGUGGCCGAUGGUCAACCAUGGAAUGCCACUGUCCCCGGCAUCGUGGCUGGGCCCAGGGACAGCACUGAGGGCCCCAGGAGUGCACUGCAGCCAGCCAGGGACAUGGAGCCGUGGGUCCCUGCAGCGGUCCCCCCAGUGGACUCCAGGAAGUCAGGGCAGCUGUUGGUGUCAGCACAGACUGUAGAGCAGCUGUUCAUCCAGGCGGUGACCGUCAUCCAGGCUCACGCCCGAGGCUACCUGGUGCGCCGUAUUAUUAAAAUCUGGCACUACAAAGCCACCAUCAUCCAGGUAGCAUGGCGCAGCUAUACGCUACGGAAGCAGCUGCACAUGGCUGCGCAGACCCUCCAGCUGCAAGACCAACAGAUGCUGCAGCAGGACGCGUGGGCAACACUGGAAGACAGUGACAGGCCGCCAUCGGAGCACCGGUGCUUCCAGUGCUGUCAGCUGCUCUCCUGUGCCCUCUGCCAGAGGCUGAGCCCCCAACUAGGGAACUCGCCUAGCGUGGUCCUGCUGGUGGGCUCCAGUUCCCGCACCUGCCAUAUGUGCGGCCAGUCCAUGCUGACCCGUGUGGUGCAGGGCACUGGCCAGGGCACUGGCCGGGGCACCAAGAGCCAGGAAGAUGCUACGCUGUCACAGAGUGCCCACGACGCCCAGGUGCCCCCCGACUGCCCCCAGCUCCCACACCACCACCGUGACAAAGCGGCCACAGCUAUCCAGUCUGCCUGGCGGGGCUUCUGGACCCGACGCGUCCUUAGACAGCAGCAGGUGGCCGCCAGAAGGGUACAAGCAAGCUGGCGAGGUCACUUCACCCGAAGCUGCCUCACCACGGACGCCCUCCUGGAGUCAGGGACGCCAUCGGACCACCGAAGGCACAAAAAGGGCCCCACGGUCUAG